CGUCGGUUGUGACUGCAGCGAUGCAGCUCCUCAGAGCGGUGCUGCUUCUUUGCUUCUCAGGUGUAUGGAGCAAGCAAUGCGGCACGACCGAGCUGCGCUGCAGCCAGAUCUGCUCAGGCACCGGCAACACGGCCACCUGCUCCUGCCUGCCCGGCUGGCGGCUCGAUGAUGACAAACAAAAGUGCACCGUGGCCACGUCUGCUCUCUGCUACGAAGUGCGUUCCGACUUUUUCGUCCAACACCCGGCGGAAGCGGGCCGCAACAAGUCCGAGCUCGGCUGCCAGCAGUUCUGCGACAGGAGGAAGGCCCACUACAGCGCUCUGGGACGAAUGGGCUGCCGCUGCCUGGAGUUUUUUGAGGUGGUGGGCUCGCUGGGUGCGCUGACGUACCAGCCGGCCAUGUGCGACGGCACGCACCCGAUCGCCUGGUCUGUCAAGUACCUGGCCGACCCGGCCGUGGCCGAGCACUUCAACAGUCCCGACCCGCGCCUGCAGGCCGGCAUCUACAGCAUCAGCCAGGACCUGGACAGCCUGCGCGGCGACUCGACCAUGGGGCGGCGGCGCGAGAUGAUGCAGCACGGUCUGAGCCAUCACCACGGCCACACCGGCGCCGGCCGCCGCCCCACCCCCGGCGCGCCAGCCCUGCUCGCUCUGGCCGCGCUGGCCGGUCGCGCCGCCGGCCGGAUCUGAGCGGCAGCUCGGCAAAUGCACAGAAGUGCAAAAGUGCGGAGGAUGCGCCCGUCGGCUGCGUCCUCAUGGCCAGACGUGGUGUCGCUUGCUAGCGAAAGGUGUCUGGUUUGUUGCUUGUGUCCCGGCGCUAAGACCUUCGAUUAUUUUAUGGUAGCGUCGUGUUCUUGCUGUCUUGAGUCUCUUCGUGUCCUCGCCGGUCAGCUCGAUGUGCAGUCGCUCAGCUCCCAUUUGACGGUCCUAUACUCAUAGUUUACGUCUGGGGGCUAGGUUCAUGUUGCUGUCAUGUAUUGACCGCCACCAUAUUUCUCCUACGCGGCACACCAUACAGGGCACCUGUGGGACUUGGGCCAACGCUGUCGGCCUCGCAGCAGUUCCAGCCUUAAAAAUAGCAUGCGGUUGUGCUGAAUUAGGAGGGAAGUCGGUGCAUUCAUCCUGGGGCACCAGGAGGAUAGAGCGACGAAGGCGCAUGAGCCGGCUCGCACGACAAUGGGCCGCGAAGGAACGGGGUUGGUGGAUGAGCCGACUCGCAGCCUCGUAUAGAGCUGUUAACACGCGUGGAGGUGCAGAAGUCACUCUACCAUCUGAUUCUCACACCAAACAAAGCGAUGGAUAUGCUAGGCUCCAAUUCCGAAAACGGCCACUGAUCGAAUAAAAGGACCACAUCGCAUGGAUUGUCGGACCUCGGUAUGGCGGCAUGUUUUGGCUUUUCACCAUUCUGAAACAGCCUUCCCACACUGUGGCGAUUCAUAUAAUUUCAAACGGCCAAGCAGAUCUCUUCCUCGGGUGAGCCGCCACUCAAGUGAUCACAUUGCGACGUUCCAAAUCGUGUGCCACAUUGCACUUAAGUCAUUUACUCAUUACUCUCCUGAACUGGUGCGUUAGGAGAAACUUUACUUCAGGGUAUGGCUACUCACACGACUAGACCAUUACUUAUCGUGCCUAAAGUGAAGAACAUGACGAAAAUGUGAUCUGGCUUGGUAGUUGUGCCACUUCUUUGCGUAUGAUUAUGAAUAUCAUGCCGAAAUCAAACCCGUUUACAAAGCCGUCGUUGUUUCGGCACCAAUUUUUAGCAACGUUUGUCGCCAACCCGCCAUGCUCGUACUUGGGCUGAGGUUAUAUAGACGUCUUAAUACUUGUCGUCUUGUCUUACGCGCCACAAUGUACGCACGCAGCUAGUGUUUGAAGUGUGGGGACGGCCCUGGGGGAAAGACAAGUUGAACAUUGUUUAACCAGUCGAGGUGAAGAUGGAUUGCUAUCUUCCCUGAUCUUGUUUUCUUAAAGCCCCGUUUUCCAGCAUACACACACGCUCGUACGGGUCUUUUACUUUUUAAGAUUGUGAUUAUUUGUUUAAGCCUUGUCAAAGCGCCGUUCUAUCUAGCCGAAUCGAGGGCAGGCUUGCUUGUCCCAUAUUAGUAGAUAAGCCAUAAAACUCUACUAAAAUAUGUUAAUAUACUACACCGCAACACGGCGGCAACGGGUGGUGACGUGGCUAGUUAAGCCCUCGCCCUGGUAGGAGCGGGG